AUGUCGGCGCGGAGCUGGCGAAUGCUGCAAGUCUGCAGUUCCAAGGCUGCGUCUUUGCACUGGACAGGUGAGCGAGCUGUCAGUGUCUUCUUGCUGGGUCUUCUUCCUGCAGCCUACCUGUAUCCUGGACCAGCCAUGGACUAUUCACUGGCUGCAGCCCUCACUCUCCAUGGCCACUGGGGUCUUGGACAGGUUAUAACUGACUACGUCCAUGGAGAUACACCCAUUAAAUUGGCCAAUACAGGUCUGUAUGUACUGUCGGCCGUUACCUUUGCUGGCCUCUGCUGCUUCAACUAUUACGAUGUUGGUAUCUGCAAAGCUGUUGCCAUGCUGUGGAGCCUCUAAGAUGCAACCGAGUCCCUGACAAACAUGAUUGUUCACUGCUGCCUCUGCUUCACCAUAUUUUUCCCAACGUGUUUAAUGCAAAACAAAUGAAUAACCA